GUGCAAAUAAAGUGAAUUAAAGUGAUUUUAGUUCUUUGGCAAUCAUACAUCAUAACUCUAAUUACUUAAUCACCAUAAAAGUUUAUUAAAAUCAGUGAAUGUAAAAAAUUUAUUUGUGUUUCGCACUUUAAGUUUUAGUGAGUGAAAUAACGGAAAAGGUGACGGAGACAGAGUCCUGCUAAUCAUCGCACAAGCAAAGUACAAGUUUUGCAUCAUUAAAACAUUCUUCCAAAUUAACAAUAACGCAGUAGAAGUUACUGCAAAAGGAGCAUAAAGAAUCCAUAAAAAUCCAAGAAAAUAAAAGUGAAACAUCAAAUUCAUAAGGAUAAAAAAGGCUAAAGAGACGAAAAAAUAAGAAUAAAAUCGGAAAUUUCGAGACCUGCGCUUAUUAAGCAAAAUAAAAGGAUAAUAAUUAUAAAUCACAUUGAAAUUACCAUUGCAUAAAGAAGUACACAUCCAUAAAUAAAAGUUCAUUUCAAUUGGCUCAACGCAAUACCUGAUUUAUACAUCCCAUCAGCCCCAGGACAAUCAAAAGCAUUAAAGUAUAUAAACAUAUAUACUCAUUCACAUUACACGCAGCAUAAAGAUAGCAGUCAUAAAAGCGACCAAAAAAAGUGAUUUGAAUUAUUUUUUAAAUAAAAAAGUCCAUCCAAACUUUUAAUCUUACACAAGACAGUAGUAGAAAAAAAAGCAGCAAAAAUGAUCGCAAAUGGAAUAGAUGCAGUAAAUACGAACGGUCGUUCUGGUUCGAUUGGUAGCGGAACUGAUGAAACCAGUAAGACAAAUUUAAUCGUCAACUAUCUACCACAAACGAUGUCACAAGAGGAAGUAAAGGCACUGUUCAGUAGCAUUGGUGAAGUUGAGUCGUGUAAAUUAAUACGCGAUAAAGUGACUGGACAAUCGUUGGGCUAUGGCUUCGUUAACUAUCAACGUGCAGAAGAUGCUGAUAAGGCAAUAAAUACAUUUAAUGGUUUACGUUUGCAAAAUAAGACAAUUAAAGUUUCAUUUGCUCGUCCAAGUUCCGAUGCCAUUAAGGGUGCUAAUCUUUAUGUAUCGGGGCUUCCAAAAAAUAUGACCCAACAAGACUUGGAGAGUCUGUUCACAUCAUAUGGACAAAUUAUUACUUCUCGCAUUCUAUGUGAUAAUAUAACAGGCCUAUCAAAAGGUGUUGGCUUCAUUCGUUUCGACCAAAGAACUGAAGCAGAGCGAGCCAUUCAGGCAUUAAACGGUACAACGCCAAAGUUGUGUUCGGAGCCAAUAACUGUAAAAUUUGCAAAUAAUCCAAGCAAUAAUAUAAAUAAGGCAAUUCCACCAUUAGCUGCUGCAUAUUUGGCUCCUGCCGCAGCUGCAGCUGCCAAUUUACGACGCUUCCCAACUGGUCCAAUUCAUCACAUCGGCGGACGUUUUCGCUACUCACCAUUAACUGGUGACUUAAGUAGUACUGUAUUGUCUGCAAAUGCCAUUAAUGGAUCAGGUUUGUGCGAAAGCAAAAGUUGGUGUAUAUUCGUAUACAAUCUCGCACCUGAAACCGAGGAGAAUGUGCUGUGGCAAUUGUUUGGACCAUUCGGCGCAGUCCAGAGUGUAAAAGUAAUAAAAGAUUUGCAGACAAAUAAAUGCAAAGGAUUCGGUUUUGUGACAAUGACAAAUUAUGACGAAGCAGUUGUCGCUAUUCAAUCACUCAACGGAUACACACUAGGCAAUCGUGUUUUGCAAGUCAGCUUCAAAACAAAUAAUUCAAAGUCUAAAAACAAUUAAGAUUUAUUGAAUCCUUUAAUUUUGAAUUUUAUUUGAAAAACGAUGAAGAAAUAAUGAAUUUUUGUCUCUAUUUCUCUCUUAAUAACUCACUCACUCUCCUUUUUCUAUAUGAUAUAUUUCUAUUUCUCUUUAUAAAUGUCCAUAUUUGCUUAGUUAAAUUUAAAAAAGAGUUACAUGAGGAAAAAAAAAAUUGAAUGAAAAAAAUUUUGUGGCACAAAUUUUCUUUUUUAAAUUAAAGUUGUAUUAAAAUUUUCUGAUGCUUUAAUGGAAUGUUCAGUGUUGGGUUGAACAAUAUUCAUCCCAGACUGUAACAUCCCGGUUAAUUCUGUGUAGUUCGAAGAAUGUUUAGUUCACUAGGAUAAAUUCAAGUCUAAAUAAGAAAAAAAUUUAUAUAGAAUAUGAGAAUAUUCAUAUUUGUGGUGGAUAAUGAAAGUAUGAAAGAGAUAAAAAAAUGAAUUUUUUAAAAAUGUGAAAAAAUGGAGUUUUAUAGUAAAGAAUACAGAAUUUUCCUUAAGUUUGCAUUCAAAUAAUUGUUCCUUUAAUUUAUUCAUAAAAAAAUUAAAUUCAUCGAAGCAGAAAGUUUGGAAGCUUAAAAUGCAAAUUCACACGCCUCAUCAAGUUCACAGACCAUAAAGACUCAAUUGUGGGCAUUUUGUGUAUGCGACAAAAAAAUAAUUUUUUAUAACAAUGAAAAAAAAAAUCUUUAAAUGUUGAUAAAAAAAAGUUAAAGGAAAAAAAACAUAAUUAUCGUAUUUUCGUGAGUAUAUGAAAUAAUUAAAUUUAAAAAAAGCUAUAGAAUGGAAACUUUUUGUGGCGUUAAUGAAAAGUUAAUCGUAAUGAAUAUAUUCAGUGUUUUUUAAAAGAAAAAAAAUUAAGCUUUCAUAAAAAAAUAGAUUAUUUGUAGACAAGAAAGAAAGUUUGCUGUAAUUUUGAUCGUUUUUUUAUUCCUCUAAUACAUACACACACACAAACAAUCGUUCAUAUAAAUAGUAAACAACCUAUUAUUGAUGAAGAAGAAGUGUUAAAGUACUAAGUUACUCAUUAAAUAUUUAAAUAUUGUAUUGAAUAUUAUUAACCAGACACAAAACUUUGUCAACAAAUGCUCAAAUUUUUAUGUGCAAUAUUAUCAUUAUAGAGGAACUAAAGGGAAAAAAAUCUAUAAUUCAUGAGAAUUGUCGCGUACACAGAACCGUCCACAAUGAAUAAAAAAAACGUUGAUUUCAACACACUUUAAUUUUCAUUCAAUAUUCUAUAAUUUAAUUAAAAUUUCGUUCGUUCACAUGACUAUACAUAGCAAGGGAUGGACAUUCUCUCAUUUUGAGUAUUCUCAUUAGUUGUGAUGAUGUUCAUUCCUUGAUACACACAUAGAUGCGCAAAAUGAAAGAUGAAAUAUACAAAAAUAAAAGCAUUCGUCAUAUUUAUAUUAAAGGAAAAAUAUAUUUUGUCAUUGUAUAAUCAUCAAUAUAUUCUCAAUGAUAUUCAUAAAUUAUUAAAGGUGAAGAAAAAAAAAACAAAAAAAUAUCAUUGUACUCCUCAAUUAAUUGAAAUGGAAGUUUAACUUUAACAAACAAAUGAUAUUUAUUACUGUAUAUUUAUGUGCAAGAAAAAUUUAACUUAAAAAAAUCUCUCACAUACACAACCCACAAAAAACACACAAGAUUUUUCUUAAAAAAAAUAAUCAAUAUGAACCAAAAAAAUAUAA